AUGAGUAGCCCUAAGCGGAGAAUCGAGACGGAUGUGAAACAGACUGGAGGAAGGCUCAAAGGCUUGCGUGCUGAUACGUAUCAUAGGUUGAUGAGCGACUAUGAGGUGACCCUGGUCAACGAUAACAGUGAGCAAGAAUUCUACGUGCGCUUCAAGGGUCCCGAAGAGACGCCUUUCACCGGUGGCCACUGGAAAAUCCACGUCGAACUGCCCGACCAGUACCCAUACAAGAGCCCGAGUAUCGGCUUUGUCAACCGGAUCUUCCACCCAAACAUCGAUGAGCUUUCGGGCUCCGUUUGCCUCGACGUCAUCAACCAGACAUGGUCACCCAUGUACGAUAUGAUCAACAUCUUCGAAGUCUUCCUCCCCCAGCUCCUGCGCUACCCGAACCCCUCGGAUCCCCUCAACGGCGAGGCCGCAGCCAUGCUCAUGCGGGAACCCAAAAGCUACGAAGCGAAGGUGAAGGAAUACGUAGCCAAGUACGCCAGCAAAGAGGCCGUCGACGAGGCCGGAGAAGACACCGAGUCGGAAGACGAACUGAGCUCGGCUGGCAGUUAUGAAUCCGGCGGCGAAGAGCCUGCCGGCACAAUGGAUGACGUUUAG